UCACAUCGAGAUGAAGCCCACCCAUCAGAUGGUGAAGAUUCUCCGUCUUUGUUAGAGAGUAUAUCAGCAGCAAAAACCCUAGCGCGGGUACAUGUAAAGCGGUCCGGGUCUCCAUCCCCAUUUCUUAUAGAGCGACCUCGGGAGACAGCGAGCCAGCAAGACACACAGAGAGGAGAAGAUGUCGGACGAGGAGCAUCAUUUCGAGUCGAAGGCCGACGCCGGCGCGUCGAAGACGUUCCCACAGCAGGCCGGGACCAUCAGGAAGAACGGUUACAUCGUCAUCAAAGGCAGACCCUGCAAGGUUGUUGAGGUUUCAACCUCUAAAACUGGCAAGCAUGGUCAUGCCAAGUGUCACUUCGUGGGGAUUGAUAUUUUCACUGCUAAGAAGCUUGAAGAUAUUGUGCCUUCAUCCCAUAACUGUGAUGUUCCCCAUGUUACUCGCACUGACUAUCAACUCAUUGAUAUAUCUGAAGAUGGCUUUGUUAGUCUUCUGACUGAGAGUGGAAACACGAAAGAUGAUCUGAGACUCCCCACUGAUGAAAAUCUGCUUGCCCAGAUUAAAGAUGGGUUUGCUGAAGGCAAGGAUCUGGUGGUGAGUGUCAUGAAUGCAAUGGGAGAAGAACAGAUCUGUGCUUUGAAGGACAUUGGUCCCAAAUAAGUUUCAUUGGAACUCAGGUUCUAGCUAUGUGCAACAGUACCAAUCUUUUUGGUGAUGCCUUCAGAAACCGAGUUUGCAUGAUUGAGAUGACUAAGUUUAUUGAGCUAAAAAACAGUCCUGCCUCAGGGAAGUAAGAAGGCUAGGUUCUUUCCAUGACAUAUUGUGUUGUCCCUUUUAUCUGUAUGUCCCUCUUCCAUUUGCAAAGUCUAUUUGGUUUACAUGGAGUUAUUCUUUGUUUCUAGCUAUGAAGACUGCAUAAUCUGUCUCUUUAAUCGAACACCUUUUAUGAGCAUCA